AUGGCGAGGACGGCGGCCGGCAGAGUUGAGCGGGGCGGUGGCCGCGGUGGACGAGCGUGUGGCCACCGGAGCCACCCCUCGCCGCCAACGCUGUGCCCGUGCCCGCUCCGCCAGGCGUGGGGCAGCCUCGACACGCUCGUCGGCCGCCUCUGCACCGCCUUCGACGAGCAUGGAGGCCACCCCGAGGCCAACCCGUUCGGUGCCCGCGUUGUCCGCCUCUACGUCCGCGACAGCCAGGCCAAGGUGCGCGGCAUCGCCUACGAGAAGAAGCGUCGGAAGCGCCCUCCCACCUCGUUUUCUCACUCUCAGGCCGCCGCCGCCGCCACUUGCCCGGCGAGCCCAGCCGCUAGCCCGACGCCGGAGAGAUCAGCCGACAUGGGAGCUUGCGUCGCCAUCGCUGUCGCCGUGGGGUGCACGCCACUCUCGCUAGCCGCCCGCCGCGGCUGCUCCUAUUGCGCGCUCGCUUACCGCCGCUAG